GGGUAUAUCCCUUGAAAAAUAGGUAUGACUUCAGAAAAAUCAUUGGAUAGAGAAGCAAUAAAAAAAAGUUAUCCUCCAUACUCCCUGUUUGGACAACAAAGCAACUGACAGGUUGCGUCCCAAUUGUCCGCACCUCUCUCAAUCAUGUCCACCUCCUUCACUGUGCUUCUCUUCCUCCUCAUCCUAAUCGCCGCCGUCUCCGCCACAGAUCACAUCGUCGGCGUCAACAAGGGAUGGAACCCCGGCAUCAACUACACUCUCUGGGCCAACAACCAAACCUUCUACGUCAAUGACUUUAUCUCCUUCAGGUACACGAAGAUGCAGCACAAUGUGUUUGAAGUGAACCAGAGUGGGUACGACAACUGCACCACCGAAGGCGCGGUGGGGAACUGGAGCAGUGGAAAAGACUUCAUUCUACUUGAUAAGGCCAAGAGGUAUUACUUCAUUUGUGGGCUUGGUCAGUGCUUUAAUGGCAUGAAAGUUUCGGUUCUUGUCCAUCCCCUUGCCCCUCCGCCUGCUACAUCCGCCGUCCCUGCUAACCACUCCAGCACCAACUCCGCCGCCUCCCCACUGGCCCAUUCUGUUUCGGCGGUGGUUCUGCUUUGGGUUGGGCUGUAUUUCAUGGUGCCCAGCCUAGUUUGAGUAUGUAAUGAUUCAAAGUUUUUGACGUUCCACUAUUUUUCCAAAUUUAUAUGUAACGGAGGGAGCGUAAUUUUUAGCUAUUUACCAUAUAUCGGGCGCAUUACAGACUUUGCAGUUUCUAACAUUGUAGAACUAACAAUGAAUUGUAUGUUCUUAUCUUGGGGAAUGAGAAUUUGAGUGAUUGACUAAGGUUAUGACGUUAUGUAGAUGCAUAUUGGGAAACAUUUUUAUGUACUUGUACUUUUUGGCAUGUAUUUAUCGGGUCACUUA